AUGGAAGGAGAAGACGUUCAAGCUUUGGUUAUCGACAACGGUUCCGGAAUGUGCAAGGCCGGUUUCGCCGGAGAUGAUGCUCCACGUGCAGUGUUCCCAUCGAUCGUCGGUCGUCCAAGACACACCGGUGUCAUGGUCGGCAUGGGUCAGAAGGACUCCUACGUCGGAGAUGAGGCCCAGUCCAAGAGAGGUAUCCUCACCUUGAAGUACCCAAUUGAGCACGGUAUCGUCACCAACUGGGAUGAUAUGGAGAAGAUCUGGCAUCACACCUUCUACAACGAGCUCCGUGUCGCCCCAGAGGAGCACCCAGUCCUUUUGACUGAGGCCCCACUCAACCCAAAGGCCAACCGUGAGAAGAUGACCCAGAUCAUGUUCGAGACCUUCAACACCCCAGCCAUGUACGUUGCCAUCCAGGCCGUCCUGUCCCUGUACGCCUCUGGUCGUACCACCGAGGCCCUCUUCCAGCCAUCCUUCCUCGGAAUGGAGUCUGCCGGUAUCCACGAGACCACCUACAACUCCAUCAUGAAGUGUGACGUUGAUAUCCGUAAGGAUCUCUACGGAAACGUCGUCUUGUCCGGAGGCACGACCAUGUUCCCAGGCAUUGCUGACCGUAUGCAGAAGGAGUUGACUGCCCUCGCCCCAUCCACCAUGAAGAUCAAGAUCAUUGCCCCACCCGAGCGCAAGUACUCUGUCUGGAUCGGAGGUUCCAUCCUUGCUUCCCUCUCCACCUUCCAACAGAUGUGGAUCUCCAAGGAGGAGUACGACGAGUCUGGACCAUCCAUUGUCCACAGAAAGUGCUUCUAA